GUUUGGUUCUCUAAAUAUAAAAAUUUUGAAUUCAUUCGGAUAUUUAAUCAAUUUCGGUUCGGGUUCGAUACUACUUUUUCGGAUCGGGUUCAGUUCGGUUGUUCGGAUCCGAGUUUUUUACCCAGCCUAGAAAAACACGCCAGAAAAAAUAAUCAAAAAGAUCAAAAAUAUUUUACAACAAAACCGGCUUGGGGGGGAGAUAGAAUCUAGAUGAUAAAUCCAAAAAAUCCUCUUUCCCUCUCAAAAUCGAACAUCUGUAACAUAACUUGGUAUGUAAUCACAUCAAAUUUUAUUCUUAUGGUAUUAUGAUAUUUUCUUACAACAAUGCUAUUAUUCACUCUGAAUUUGAUUUCUGUGCAUGGUAUGUUGACCAAUGUCGUUGUGCAAUUAUUAGGUUGUGAUCCAUCCAAAUAUUUGACCAUUACAAUAUAGUCUUUGAUUCAAUUCAUUUCAUCUGUUAGAUUUUCCCUAAAAUAAGACAGAGACAAAUAAAACAAGAAAUAAAAUAAAGAUCUACAUUCUUUUAAUUUCUCAUUUAGAGUGCCUUGAUUGAAUCAGUGAAUGAAACAAGUAAACAACAAUGGCAGAAAGCAUUCACAAAGAUCAAAAGACAGUUUCUUUUGACAAAUGCAUUUCUUCUUCUUCACGAUGCUCGUUUAUGGCGAUUGUCAUCUUCUUGAUCUUCCUCUCAUAUUUCUUAUACUCCUUCAGUUUCAUCUCCGUUUUAAAGUCUCCUUCUAAAGUCUCCAACUCUCUCCUUGUACCUGUGAUGCAAGUGCAACUCGGAUCAGGUCAAAACCACACCGAGGACAAAACAGAGCUUAACCACAUAGUUUUCGGAAUCGCCGCGUUCUCCAAACUUUGGAAGCAUCGGAGAGAAUACGUGAAAACGUGGUGGAAACCUAACGGUGAGAUGAAGGGCGCUGUCUGGCUCGACAAACCUACAGUAAACGACAGUCUUUCCUCCGCCUUGCCUGAGAUCAGAAUCUCCUCAGACACGUCGAGUUUCAAGUACCGUUACCGUCGCGGUCACCGAUCAGCGAUCAGGAUCACAAGAAUCGUAUCGGAUACGGUGAGGAUGUUAAAGGGAACUGAAUCCGAGAGAAACGUGAGGUGGAUUGUGAUGGGCGACGACGACACAGUGUUUUUCCCGGAGAAUCUUGUUAGGGUUUUGAGAAAGUACGAUCACAAACAGUUCUAUUACAUCGGAGCUCCUUCUGAGAGCCAUUUGCAGAAUUUGCAACAGUUCUCGUACGGCAUGGCAUAUGGAGGAGGUGGUUUUGCUAUAAGUUAUCCCUUGGCCAAGGCUUUGGAGAAGAUGCAAGAUCGGUGUAUCGAGAGCUACGCUGAUCUCUACGGAUCCGAUGACCGGAUUCAUGCUUGUAUGGCGGAGCUCGGUGUUCCUCUCACCAGAGAGGUUGGGUUUCAUCAGUUUGAUGUAUAUGGGAACCUCUUGGGUCUUUUAUCGGUCCACCCACAAGCACCGAUAGUCUCUAUCCAUCACUUAGACGUAGUCGAGCCUAUAUUUCCGAAAAUGGACCGAGUGAAGGCCGUAGAGAGACUCAUGAUCUCAGCGAAGCUCGACUCAGCUAGCCUCGUCCAACAAUCCAUAUGCUACGACAGAACUCACCAGUGGACAAUGUCUAUCUCGUGGGGAUACACUGUCCAGAUCACACGUACAUACAUGCCAGCAAGGAUGAUGGAAGUGCCCACUCGCACUUUCAGUGACUGGCACAAACGUCAUGAUUUCAACAAUCUUGCUUUCAACACACGCCCUAUAACCUACACUGAUUGCCAGCGUCCACGAGUCUUUUACAUGUCUCGCACUCUUGGUGAUUCUUCUUCAAGCACAACAAUUACAGAGUAUCUUAGGCACAAUGAAUUGAAUCCUCAAUGUGAGUGGGGGAUACCAGAUCCUUCUGAUAUCAAUCGAAUCUUUGUCCACAAAGAGUCUAACCCAGAUAGGUGGAAUAAGGCACCAAGGAGAGAUUGUUGUCGAUUAUUGCCAGCGACGAAGAAGGGAACUAUGAUGAUCAAAGUCGCACCUUGUGAAAAUGACGAAAUCGCUGCUUAUUCUGAUAAAUAGUUUUCUUUUUGGUUUAUUUCACAUGGAAAACUUGUUUUUUAAAAAAAUAUUUAUAUAUUAAUUCAACCCAUAUAAAUGGAGAAUUC